AUCUAUAGACCCAGAGAGACUGAGAGCCAGAGGGACAGAGGGAGCCAAUUGUGCCCAGUUAGAGGGAAAAGAAAAAGAAAAGAUAUUUAGGCAAAUAGAACUGAAUUAACCUUAUGUAUAUAAAGAGUAAAAGAUGUUUAUGUUGAUAUGUGCGAGGUUCAGGCCUUUUGAAAAUGGAAUUUUAUCACGAGAAAAAGGAAACGUGCAAGGAUAUUAGAUUACUCUGAGCUGCGUAUUUGCAUUUUGGUGGUGAAGACUCAUCCCAACAGGCUAAAGAAGGAUCAAAAGAAACAGUGGAUGGAGGGGUCUGACAGUCCUCGCUUCAGAAAGCUCCAUUUCCCAGUGGGUCUGUGGAUCAACUCGCCCAGGAAACACUUUGCCAAGCUUGGGGGUCGCUGGCCCAGUGCUAUCUCUGUCAAGUCGACCACCAGCUCUGACGCAGCCUCCCUCCACGAGGCCCCCUCUGCUCCUUCCUCUUCCCUUUCUAACUCCACCCCCUCGCUGGCUUCCCCUACCCCAUCCCCAUCUCCUUCCCCGGCCUUCCUCAGGCCGAGGCCUGCUGGGCCCCAGUCCCGCACAAAACGGCUUUCCCACCUCUUCCUGCGAGGGCGCUCUAACAGCGACAGGGACCGGGCAGUGGGGGAGAGGGAGAGAGAGAUUUGGGCUCACUCAGCUGCUCCUUCCUCCCACCACUACUUGCCCCCUGCCUCUUCCUCUGCCCCGGGCCUGAUCAAGAUCUAUGGGGAUGCCCUUUCCAGUGGGGCCAACUAUCGCUCCCUGCUGGCCAACGUUAGCUCUACAGCCAGGCAGCUCAUCGCCCAGGUCAUCACCCGGUACACAGAGAGGGAGAGGGAGGAGACAGAUGACGCAGUUCUCCAGAAAUACAGCCCAGAGGACUUCCUGUUGUGUGAUGUCAUUGGAAAGCCCAUUCAGCAGCCAGAUGGAGCUAUCAAAUGGGAGACAGAGAGCCGGAGAAGCGUUGCCCCGUGGGAAUGUCCCUUGUUGUUAGUGGACAUGUGGCGGCCUAAGGACGGGUUCGAGCGGCGCUUUGAAAUCCAGAGAAAGGAAGAAUAUGAGAGAGAAGAGAGAGAGAGGGAGAAGGAGCGUGAGAGGGAGGGAGAGACCUACCAAGGUGUGCGCUGGCGACAGAGGAUGUCAUCGGGAGGCGGACCUGAGGAGAGCGAGCGAGGUCACCGUAGUAGAAACUCUGAGCUCAGGAGGAGCAUCAGUGACAUGAACCUGAGCCUGCGGCGUCGCCAAGGCAAUCAUGUCAGCAAUGACCCACGUGGAAACCGUCCGAACAACAACGGAGGAGUUCAGGACAGGAAAAACAUUCCAUCUUGUCUUCACUUGUUUUUAUUAUUUUCCCCUCAGAUUAGAGCUUCAAAAAUUGAAGCGAAGGUUGGAUGGACGAACCAGCCUGCGGAGGACGAGAAGGAUUACUCCAGUUGUGACCUGGAAGUGAUGUCACAGAGUUUGAUCCUUCCACCCACAGACCGGCCCUAUUUUCUGUUGCUGCAGGGUUACGAUCAGAGCAAGGAUUUUGUUUUGUACAUCAUGGCGGGACAUACACAUGUGUUUGGAAGAAAGCCCACGAUAAGGGAGCGAGAGAAAGACAGAGAGAGGGAGAGGAAGGGGAAGAGACCUCUGAAGGUGGACACCUUCCUGUCUGCUCCGGACAUCUUGGCCAGACACUUGUUGGUCAGGAGAGACUCAGCUGUUCCUGAGUCAUCCACCAGGCAAGCUCUGAUGCGGCCCUUCAGAGGAGGCGCAGUCACACACAACGGAGUGGCUCUUUACAGGGAGACAGUCUUAAAGCCUGGGGACGUGAUUGGGCUUGGGAACCACUUCCUUUUCCUGUACCGUGACCCCCGGGUGACCCCAGCUCCACCGCUGGCAUUGACCUUGCCAUGGCAGGCUGAUGCCUCCACCACCUGCUGCCCCUCAGGGUUGGUGGACCGACAGGAAGCUUUGAGGCAGUACCUUGGAUCUACUGAGGCGGUGCUCAAGUUUCACCCCCGUCACACAGAUGCUCUGUUACAGGAGAUAAUCUCCAAAAAUUCCUCCCCAGACUCUGGAGGCGGGCCUUUAGCUCCUGCUUAUCUCCUGUCAAUCAUGAUAGAUCAUGCCUCCAAACACCUGGACCCAGCGCUCACACCACAGAUAUUACUCAAGUCAGCCAAUCUAAUUAAAGAAAUUGUCUGGGACAACAUUAAAGAGUUUGGCGAUAAGCAUCCCACACAAAAUUCCACAGAGCAAGAAGGUGAAAUCAGUACGCCGAAUGUUCAGAAACUCUCGUCUGACCUUCGACCCCUGAUGUUCUGGAUGUCAAAUGCCACAGAGCUCCUCAACUUCUUCCAGGUCAAAGUUGAAACCAUGGAGAAAGAGUGGGAGUUUGAAGCCCCAGGGGACCCAGUUUUGACAGCUGACAUGGACACCUGCUCAGAAGCUCUGGCGCAGCUGGAUGACGUCAUUAUGCACACCUUCCAACAGUGUGUGUAUCACCUCACCAAGACACUGUACUCACUUCUUCCAGCUCUCCUUGACUCCAACCCAUUCUCCAGGGAGGAGAAGGAGAAGGAUAAGGAUGAUGCUCGGGCUGCAGAGGGAGAAGAGAAAGGAGGAGGUGAAGGAGAGGUGGAUGACGUGUCUGCCUUACCACCCAAAGUUGCCGGGCUGGUGGAAGUGUACCGCUGUUCCCUGAUGCUGUCGCGGGAGGCGUGUCUUUCCCCACCACUCACCUCCCAAACCUUCGGUUACCUUUUCUUCUUCACCAACACCUCCCUGCUCAAUACUUUACUGGAGAGAGAUGGCUUGUUUUCUUGGUCAAGAGCAGUCCAGAUCCGUACAAACUUGGACCUGGUUCUGGACUGGCUACAGGGGGCGGGAUUAGGAGACAUAGCCUCUGAGUUCAUGAAGAAACUUUCAAUCACGGUCAACUUCCUGUGCAUACCCAAGACUCGACUUAUCCAGUCAUCCUGGACCAGUCUACAGGAGGAUCAUGUCUUGUUAAGCCCUUCCCAGUUGCACCACCUGCUCACUCAUUACAAGCUGGGUCCAACUAGAGCCCCACCGGCAUCCUGGGCCCCUCUGCCAGGCACAGAACUGAGUGGAGACAUCUUUGAGAGCUUUUUGGACCAUCCUCCUCUAAUCCUGCCAAAUGAGACUCCACGCCUCGACCUCUCCCAGCCAAUCCCGAGCCCUGAACUCCACAAGGAAGUGACACGUCUCCGCACCUUCUUGUGGGGACUUGACCAGGAUGAGCUACCUGCCAAUCAGAGGACUCGGCUUUAGGGAAGCCCAUAUUUGUCCCUCUUUGGAUGUCCACGAAGUAAAAAGGAAAUCAGAAGAAACAGCAAAAUGUACACAAUAAGAAAAAAAUGCAAACUGGACAUGUUGUCUGCAUUUUGUUGGCUGGUUGUUUCUUUUUCAUGACAUUUCCAUAUCAGUUCAUUUAUCCAUUUAGACAUUUUCAAGUUAAAUAAUUGUAUUGGCUUUGGUAUGUCUUUAUAGAUUUUUUUUUAAAAGCAAGGAGUGAAACCCCGUGGCUGUGGGGCCACGCGAUGUUAUGCUUUACGUGACUGUUUUACUUGGCUUCCAUGCAUGUUUUUAAACUACUUGUUUUUAAUAAAAUUCUAGUCCUAAAGGCC